CUUGGCGGAUGAAUGAGUAGUCAGCAGAGGCUGCUGCAGGAAGGAACGGAGUGACUGUCAAUCCGUGCCCAUCUCUCGCCCCGCUGCAAUGGAGCGGUCAGCUGUUUUCUUCCUUUGCUUCGUGGCAGCCAUCGCUGCCUCCUCCAGGGCGCAGGACUUGGUGAAUGAGGAUGUCAAGCGCACCGUGGACCUCAGCAGCCAUUUAGCUAAAGUGACGGCGGAGGUUACUAUUUCCAACCCGGGACCGGGCGCCGUUCAUUCCUUUCUGGUGGCUCUGGAGCCCGAGCUGGGCAGCCAUCUGGCCUACCUGGGGGUGAAAGGGGAGGAUCAAGAAGAAGGAACCCUUGAAAUACAAGAAACAAAAGUAAAAGGCAAAAGUGGUUUACAAUACAUGGUGCAUUUUGGAUCCUCACUUGCCCCUGGAGCCAAAACCAAAGUGACCGUCGAGACAGUCUUUACACAUGUGCUUCAGCCCUAUCCCACCCAGAUCACACAGGCUGAGAAGCAGUUUGUCACUUUUGAAGGCAGCCAUUAUUUCUAUUCACCUUACCCAACCAAGUCCCAGACAACACGUGUCAAGCUCGCCUCGAGGAAUGUUGAGACUUACACCAAGCUUGGGAACCCUACCAGAUCCGAGGACCUCAUAGAAUACGGUCCAUUUAAGGAUAUUGCAGCUUGGAGCCAGGAUCCCUUAAAAGUUCACUAUGAGAACAACAGCCCCUUCCUAACAAUUACUAGCAUGACCCGUUUGAUUGAGGUCUCUCACUGGGGUAACAUUGCUGUGGAAGAGACGGUUGACUUGAAACACACCGGUGCCUAUCUGAAAGGGCCCUUCUCAAGAUAUGAUUACCAGCGCCAGACAGACAGUGGCAUUUCAUCGGUCAAAUCAUUUAAGACCAUCCUUCCUGCUUCCGCCCAAGAUGUUUAUUACAGGGAUGAGAUCGGCAACAUUUCUACAAGCCACUUGUUGAUCCUUGACGACUCUGUGGAGAUGGAAAUCCGGCCCAGGUUCCCACUUUUUGGUGGAUGGAAAACCCAUUAUAUGAUUGGAUAUAACCUGCCAAGUUAUGAGUAUCUUUACAAUCUUGGUGACCAGUAUGCCCUGAAGAUGAGGUUUAUUGAUCAUGUGUUUGAUGACCAAGUUGUGGAUUCAUUAACUGUUAAAAUAAUCCUGCCAGAAGGUGCCAAAAACCUCCAGGUGGAUAACCCCUAUGAUAUAAACCGUGCCCCUGAUGAGCUGCACUACACUUAUCUGGACACAUUUGGCAGAACAGUCAUUAUUGCUCAUAAGAACAAUCUGGUUGAGCAGCAUAUACAGGACAUUGUGGUCCAUUACUCCUUCAACAAGAUCUUAAUGCUGCAGGAGCCACUCCUGGUUGUGGGAGCAUUCUACAUAUUGUUCUUCACUGUUAUUCUCUACGUGAGGCUAGAUUUCUCCAUCACUAAGGAUCCAGCUGCAGAAGCCAAGAUGAAAGCUGCCUGCAUCACUGAACAAAUUCUUACUCUGGUAAACAAGCGACUUGGACUGUACCGUCACUUUGAUGAGGCUGUCAACAAGUAUAAGCUGUCUCGGGAUAUCUCCACUUUAAACAGCGGCAAGAAAACGCUGGAGACGGAACACAAGAAUCUGACCAAUGAAAUUGCUUCGCUACAGUCCAAACUUAAAGCUGAAGGCUCUGAUCUGUGUGAUAAAGUAGCAGAGAUUCAGAAGCUGGACGCCCAGGUGAAGGAGAUUGUGUUAAAAUCUUCCUCCGACGCCGAACGUCUCGUUUCUGGGAAAUUGAAGAAGGAAAGUUACAUUGAGAAUGAGAAGCAGCACUCGAGCCGGAGGCAGGAGCUGGUCAAUAAAAUAGACAACAUUCUUGUUGGCUUGUAACUGUUUAAUAUCAAUUAGAAGUUUUUGAGAUUAUGGCACAACUGUGUGUUUUGCACGCUGAGCCAAACCAAUGCUCUUAUUCUCUUUUUUUUUUUAUUUGAUGGUUACAGUCUGUCCUCCCUGAGGAUCAUUGGGCCUUGCUGAACUGGUUCUGACUAUACGUGUAACAUCACAUUUUAGUCCAGACGAUCUCUAGCUGUUGCAGAAUGGAGGCUAUCAUCAUUUUGCAACAGCUGGAGACCUUGGGUUUUCAAUAGUUAUAGUGGUUCUGGUUCAAUGCUGUUUGUUGGUACCACGAAGGCAGCACUGGUUCUUAACACCAGGUUCUUAACACCAGGUUCAUCAGAAUAAACAACCAGAAUAGUCUCUGCAUUACGGUGGUCACACCAGCUGUCGGCAUAUACUGAAUUCCAGGGUUCAAAAGCCCCAAAUUGGCAGUUGGUGGUCUCUAACAGAUUGUCAGUAGAAGGGACAAAAAAAAAUCAGAUUAAAAUCAGUUUGUGCCUAAAACAAAAUUCUUUCAGAAAUGAAAAUCUAUUUUUUUUUUUUUUUGUGUUUGGUAAGGGGGAAUUAACAGGUAUAUGUUGGAAACAUUGAAAGCCACUUUAAAUUUCGUUUGAAUCACACGCAGCAUGUCCCUCGCAACAUGUUUUGUAUACAAAAGCUUAGAGGCAAGGCGUUUUCUUUCUUUUGAAGUUCAUUCUACUGCCAUGUUUUUACAUUUGUAAAUGUGUAUGCCUAUCUAGAAAAUGGAUUCUCUGUUCCUUACACAUGUACGAUGCCAUGUCCACUUUCUUAUAUAACUUGUGUGGCCAGAGAAUAGUAAAGAAAAACAAAAAGGGACUGCUAA